UAAUGCACACGAAUCCGGAAGUGACGCCAGAAGAAGAGGAAGUGAAGGCUACAGGGUAUCCACGUGGGUUCUGAGCGUGUUUCUACGUCCCUGGAAGCCGGUCAUUUAAGCUCAUUCCCCGCCACGGCUUAGUCAACAUGGGUCGCUCGGGAAAGUUGCCCUCUGGUGUCUCAGCUAAGUUGAAGCGCUGGAAGAAAGGCCACAGCAGCGACAGCAACCCCGCCAUCUGCCGCCACCGCCAGGCCGCCCGCAGCCGCUUCUUCAGCCGGCCGUCAGGAAGGAGUGACCUGACGGUCGAUGCUGUGAAGUUACAUAAUGAGCUGCAGUCAGGGUCCUUGCGCUUGGACAAAAGCGAAGCCCCUGAGACGCCCAUGGAAGAAGAGGCGGAGCUGGUUCUCACCGAGAAGUCCUCGGGCACCUUCCUGAGUGGCCUUUCCGACUGCACAAACGUCACCUUCAGCAAAGUACAGCGCUUCUGGGAGUCUAACUCGGCUGCCCACAAGGAGAUCUGUGCUGUUCUGGCUGCUGUCACUGAGGUGAUUCGCUCCCAGGGAGGGAAGGAGACGGAGACUGAGUACUUCGCUGCUCUGAUGACAACAAUAGAAGCAGUGGAGUCCCCGGAGUCCCUGGCCGCCGUUGCUUACCUGCUGAACCUUGUCCUGAAGCGUGUUCCCAGCCCUGUGCUUAUUAAGAAGUUCUCUGAUACCUCCAAAGCCUUCAUGGAUAUCAUGUCAGCUCAGGCCAGCAGCGGCUCCACCUCUGUCCUCCGAUGGGUCCUUUCCUGCCUGGCCACCCUUCUGCGGAAGCAAGACCUGGAGGCCUGGGGCUACCCCAUGACCCUUCAGGUGUACCAUGGGCUGCUGAGCUUCACGGUGCAUCCCAAGCCCAAGAUCCGGAAGGCUGCCCAGCAUGGAGUAUGCUCAGUCCUCAAGGGCAGUGAAUUCAUGUUUGGUGAAAAGGCCCCUGCCCAUCAUCCUGCUGCCAUUUCCACUGCCAAGUUCUGCAUCCAGGAGAUUGAGAAGUCUGGAGGCUCCAAGGAGGCCACCACCACGCUGCACAUGCUGACGCUGCUGAAGGACCUGCUGCCCUGCUUCCCGGAAGGCCUGGUGAAGAGCUGCAGUGAGACUCUCCUCAGGGUCAUGACCUUGAGCCAUGUGCUGGUGACAGCUUGUGCCAUGCAGGCCUUUCACAGCCUCUUCCACGCCAGGCCUGGCCUGAGCACCCUGUCAGCAGAGCUCAACGCCCAGAUCAUCACGGCCCUGUACGACUAUGUUCCCAGUGAGAAUGAUUUACAGCCCCUGCUAGCCUGGCUUAAGGUCAUGGAGAAAGCCCACAUCAACCUGGUGAGGUUGCAGUGGGACCUGGGGCUAGGCCACCUCCCUCGCUUUUUUGGAACUGCGGUGACCUGCCUCCUUUCCCCACACUCGCAAGUGGUGACCGCUGCUACGCAGAGCCUCAAGGAGAUCCUGAAGGAAUGCGUGGCUCCCCACAUGGCUGACAUUGGCUCCGUGACCUCCUCGGCCUCAGGCCCUGCCCAAUCUGUUGCCAAGAUGUUCAGGGCAGUGGAGGAGGGCCUGACGUACAAAUUCCAUGCGGCCUGGAGCUCCGUGUUGCAGCUGCUGUGUGUCUUCUUCGAGGCGUGUGGGAGACAGGCCCACCCUGUGAUGAGGAAGUGCCUCCAGUCCCUGUGUGAUCUGCGCCUCUCCCCUCAUUUCCCCCACACGGCAGCUCUUGACCAGGCAGUGGGGGCUGCGGUGACCAGUAUGGGACCUGAGGUGGUGCUGCAGGCUGUGCCUUUGGAAAUUGAUGGCUCUGAGGAGACUCUGGAUUUCCCACGGAGCUGGCUGCUGCCUGUCAUCCGAGACCAUGUUCAGGAAACGCGACUUGGUUUUUUCACCACCUACUUCUUGCCCCUGGCUAACACCCUGAAGAGCAAAGCCAUGGACCUGGCUCAGGCAGGCAGCACAGUGGAAUCUAAGAUCUACGACACACUCCAGUGGCAGAUCUGGACACUCCUGCCUGGGUUCUGCACGAGGCCCACAGAUGUGGCCAUCUCCUUCAAAGGGCUGGCACGGACCCUGGGCACAGCCAUCAGCGAGCGUCCAGACUUGAGGGUCACCGUGUGCCAGGCCCUGCGCACCCUCAUCACCAAGGGCUGCCAGGCAGAGGCCGACCGUGCUGAAGUGAGUCGCUUUGCCAAGAACUUUCUGCCGAUCCUCUUCAACCUGUAUGGGCAGCCCGUGGCAGCCGGGGACACUCCAGCCCCUCGCCGGGCUGUGCUGGAAACCAUCAGAACUUACCUCACCAUCACUGACACUCAGUUGGUGAACAGUCUCCUGGAAAAAGCCAGUGAGAAGGUGCUCGACCCUGCCAGCUCUGACUUUACCAGAUUGUCUGUCCUGGACCUGGUCGUGGCCCUGGCUCCGUGUGCUGACGAAGCUGCCAUCAGCAAGCUAUACUUCACCAUCCAGCCCUACCUAGAGAAUCCCUCCAGUGCUGGAGGAUGCUCCAUGGAUGGCAUUGGACAGGGGGUGAGCCCCAGGCCUCCCUCACCGGUUCCUGUCUGCCAGAGCAAGGCCCAUGGGGUGCAGAAGAAGGCCUACCGAGUGCUGGAGGAGGUGUGUGCCAGUCCUCAGGGCCCCGGGGCCCUCUUCGUGCAGAGCCACCUGGAGGACCUGAAGAAGACACUGCUGGACUCGCUGCGGAGCACCUCCUCACCCGCCAAGAGGCCCCGUUUGAAGUGCCUCCUACACAUCGUGAGGAAACUCUCAGCUGAACACGAGGAGUUCAUCACUGCCCUUGUCCCAGAGGUGAUCCUGUGCACCAAAGAGGUGUCGGUGGGUGCACGGAAGAACGCUUUUGCACUGCUCGUGGAGAUGGGCCAUGCUUUCCUAAGGUUUGGCUCGAACCAGGAAGAGGCCCUGCAGCGCUACCUCAUACUGAUCUACCCUGGCCUGGUGGGCGCGGUGACCAUGGUCAGCUGCAGCAUCCUGGCCCUGACCCACCUCCUUUUCGAGUUUAAAGGUCUGAUGGGGACCAGCACAGUGGAGCAGCUGCUGGAGAAUGUGUGCCUGCUUCUGGCCUCCCGCACCCGUGACGUGGUCAAGUCUGCACUGGGCUUCAUCAAGGUGGCGGUGACUGUCAUGGACGUGGCACACCUGGCCAAGCAUGUGCAGCUGGUGAUGGAAGCCAUUGGGAAGCUUUCAGAUGACAUGCGGCGGCACUUCCGCAUGAAGCUUCGGAACCUGUUCACCAAGUUCAUCCGCAAGUUUGGAUUUGAGCUGGUGAAAAGGCUGUUGCCCGAGGAGUACCACAAAGUCCUGGUCAACAUCCGGAAAGCUGAGGCCCGGGCCAAGAGGCAUCGAGCCCUGAGCCAGGCUGCCAUGGAGGAGGAUGAAGAGGAGGAGGAGGAGGAGGAGCCCGCCCAGGGCAAAGGCGACAGCAUUGAGGAGAUUUUAGCUGACUCAGAGGAUGAGGAGGACAAUGAGGAGGAGGAAAGAAGCCGAGGCAAGGAGCAGCGGAAGCUGGCACGACAGAGGAGCCGGGCAUGGCUGAAAGAGGGUGGUGGGGACGAGCCCCUCAACUUCCUGGAUCCCAAGGUGGCCCAGCGAGUCCUGGCCACACAGCCAGGGCCAGGCCGGGGCAGGAAGAAGGACCACGGCUUCAAGGUGAGCGCCGAUGGCCGGCUGAUCAUAAGGGAGGAGGCAGACGGCAACAAGAUGGAGGAAGAGGAAGGCGCCAAAGGUGAAGAUGAAGAGAUGGCUGACCUAAUGGAAGAUGUGAUCGUCAGGAGUAAAAAGCACCAGAAGCUCAAGCACCAGAAAGAGGCUGAGGAGGAGGAGCUGGAGAUACCCCCUCAGUACCAAGCUGGAGGCUCUGGCAUUCAUCGCCCUGUGGCCAAGAAGGCUAUGCCUGGGGCCGAAUACAAGGCCAAGAAAGCAAAAGGUGAUGUGAAGAAGAAAGGCCGGCCGGAUCCCUAUGCCUACAUCCCCCUCAACAGAAGCAAGCUCAACCGCAGGAAGAAGAUGAAGCUGCAGGGACAGUUCAAAGGCCUGGUGAAGGCUGCCCGGCGAGGUUCCCAGGUGGGACACAAAAACCGCAGAAAGGAUCGUCGGCCCUGAGGCCCAGGGCCCCUGGGCUGCCCUGUGGUCCAGUCUGAGGCCCUUUUAGUCCCCAGGCUGCCUUGCCACCAGCUCCAGGUGCUCAAGAUUCUGGCAGAGCCUGGACUCAGGAUGACUUGGAACUGGGGCUUGGCUCUCAGAAGUCCUGGAUUUUGGAAACUCCAAAUGGAAUCACCCUUCAGAGACAUCCCUGGUGCCUGGAGAUGGGAAUGUGGCCUCAGUGCCUCUGAGUAGGUGCCAUGAGGCACCUUUGCUUUCUGCCCAGAGUGGCCAUGAGCACCAGAACAGAUGAUCUCCGUUUCCGCCAGCUGCUUGUAGCCACGUGGCAUCCUGGCUGUGGUCUGGGUGAGAUUUAUUGUGACCAGAUGUAGAAUAAAUGUGUCUCAUCCUGCA